GUGUUCGACUAAAACGCCUCUCGUCGUUCUUCUUCAAGACGAAAUUUUCUGAUCUGCCUUUCACGAAAGCGUCUUGCGACUGCCACAAAAUUUUCCGAUUGAGAGAUUUCUCUUCCGUUUUGUACAAAUUUUGUGAAUAAUCUUAAUUCGUUGGAGGGAUUGGUGAUCCGCGAUUGUGGGUUGUGUUCGUUUAUGAAAUCAAUGUCGGAAGCGGAGCGAUUGAGAGGAGGAAUCGCCAUGUCUAUUCCGGCGAACGAGGAGGAGACGGUGGCAGCGAAUUCUUCGCCUAAGACUCUUCCACGGAGGCUACGCCGUCGUCUUCUCGAGCCGAAGAGCCCCGUCUCCGCCGAGGAGAUCGACGCCAAACUUAGAGAGGCUGAUCUUCGGCGCCAGCAAUACUAUGAGUCACUGUCAAGCAAGGCUCGACCUAAGAUGAAAACCCAGAUUACCACACCGGUUGAGGAUCUUAGUCAGCGGCUCGAAGCGAAGCUUAAUGCUGCCGAGCAGAAGAGGUUAAGCAUUCUGGAAAAGGAGAUGGCACGUCUGGCAAAGCUGGAUGAGCUAAGGCAAGCUGCCAAGAGUGGACUGGAGCAGCGGUUUGAGAAGGAGCGUGAUGAGUUGGGGACGAAAGUCGAAGAACGGGUUCAAAAGGCAGAGAGAAACAGGUUGCUUCUUUUGAAAGCCAUAGCACAGCAGCGGGCGGCAAAGAGACAGCGGGCAGCUCAGAGUUUGAUGCAACGGGUAAUGCAGGAGAGCAGGUACAAGGAAUGUGUACGUGCAGCAAUCCAUCAGAAAAGAGCAGCUGCUGAGAGAAAACGGCUUGGAUUUCUGGAAGCGGAAAGGAGAAGAGCUCGUGCUAGGCUAUCACGGGUUUUUGGGGUUGCCAAUUCUGUUCAUAAUCAGAGGGAAACUGAGAGAAGAAAAAUGAAGGACCGGUUGGAAGAUCGGCUUCAAAGGGCCAAGAAACUAAGGGCACAGUUUUUGAGGCAAAGGCGAGGCCUGGAGAGCAAUGUGCAUCUGUCAUCGAAAAUAAUACAGAAGAAUCAGGAGCAUCGUGUGAGAAUGGUACAAAGAUGCUGGAGAAGAUUUACUGAAUCCAAGAAAACAACUUGCGCUUUGGCAUGGGCUUAUCGCAACCUUGGAAUUGAUGAAAAAUCUAUCGAGUCAAUGCCAUUUGAGCAGCUUGCCCUUCAAAUCAAUUCGGUCUCAGUACUUCGAACAGUGAAAGCAUUGCUUGAUCGUUUGGAGAUUCGUCUCUCUCUUUUACAUGCAUCUAAAGUGACGAAUAUUAAUCAUCUUCUUAAGCACUUUGCUUCUGCCACUUCAAGGGGGAACUCGCCCAUUGCCAUCAGUAAAAGUGGGCGAGCAUCGGUAGAAUCAAAGGAAAAGGGGUCUCGAAAAUCUAAAAAGAUUGUGAGGUACCCAGCUAGAGUUUUUCUUUGUGCUUACAUGAUCAUGCGUCAUUCCGAUGCAGUUUUCAGGGGAAGAGGUGAACAUGAGGUUAUGUUGGCUGAAUCUGCAGCCAAUCUUAUUAGGGAGUUUGAGUUGCUGCUGAAGACUAGAUUGGAUGGACCAGGGUCUACUGCCCAGGAUAAUACAUCUUUGGUAGCUCUAGAUUCAAAGAAUUUCAGAUCUCAGCUAGAAGCCUUUGAUAAAGCUUGGUGCUCUUACCUGCAUAAAUUUGUAAUUUGGAAAGUUAAUGAUGCUAAGCUUUUAGAAGAGGAUUUAGCUAGAACUCAUGAAGCAGAGCAGUCAGCAGUGUCGAAAGACAAUCUUUCUCCCAUAGCCAGAGAUGACGUUCAGAUUCAUGGUGUUAAUGCAACUCAGAAAUUGACUAGAGAAGUUUCUGAGCUCAAUAGGCAGAAUGUUGAUGACGGUAUUGAUGCCAAGACAUUUUCCCCAUCGUCUCAGGCUAAACUUACUGAAGUUGAUGGAGCAAGACAACCAGUAGUACAUUCAGAUUCACAUGGCUCAUCUUCGUAUCCGCCAGACUCGUCAAACUUUGCUUCAUCUUUGAACUCUGGCAAUGAAGGCACUUCUACUCUAAACAUGACAGAUGCUAGUUUUGAUGCAGCAUUGGUGAGUGAAAACGAAUUAAUUGUAAAUGAGAUUGUUCAUGACAAUAACAGCAGUUUUGCUGAUAGUUUCACCAACAGUGGGGAUAUUAGCAGUCUUCAGGAGAAAGUUAAGGAGACAAUGGAAAAGGCUUUUUGGGAUGGGGUUAUGGAAUCCAUGAAAGAGGCUCGACCUGAUUUUAACUGGGUUCUUAAACUCAUGAAAGAAGUAAGAGAUGAACUCUGUGAGAUAUCCCCUAGAGAUUGGAGGCAAGAGAUUGUUCGAACUAUCGAUACAGAUGUCCUGUCACAGUCGCUGGGGUCUGGAAAUGUCGAUAUGGCAUAUCUUGGGAAUAUUUUAGAGUUUGCCCUUGGCACUUUAUUGAAGCUUUCUGCCCCAGCCAAUGAGGAGGAGAUCAGGAGUACCUAUCAUAAUUUAAUGAAUGAACUAAGAGAGAUAGCUCAAUCUGAAGGCCAGACAAAUUCUUCAUAUGGAAUCUUAGUAGUUAAGGGCCUACGCUUUGUUUUGCAACAGCUUCAGAUUCUGAAGAAAGAGAUCAGCAAAGCUCGUCUGAAAAUGUUGGAGCCACUUCUCAAGGGACCUGCUGGUUUGGAAUAUCUGAAGAAGGCAUUUGCCAGUCGGUAUGGCUCUCCGGACCAAGCUUCCUCUUCUCUUCCUUAUACGAAGCGGUGGCUUUUAUCUCUACGGGGAGAGGCAGAAACCGAGUGGAAUGAACACACAGAUGCUCUUUCUGCUCUUUCAAACAAUGACCCUGUAUCUCUGGGUAUCCCAUCUUCCACUUUGCGAACUGGAGGCAGACUCUCUUCUGGGUCUAAUGUCAACUCCCCACCGUCUCCGUUUCCAGGAAUUGAGCUGGCAGAAUGCAAUGGGGAAACCGUGGAUCUUCGUAUUAGGCUUGGUUUGUUGAAGUUGGUAAGCGAAAUAAGUGGUCUUGCUAUGGAAUCCCUCCCGGAAACCUUUCGACUCAAUCUCGCCAGGCUGAGAGCUAUUCAAUCUAGAAUUCAGAAAAUCAUUCUCGUCUCGAUCAGUGUGUUGAUUCUCCAACAAACCCUUGUCAGUGAGAAUGCAGUCACCAACCCGAAAGACAUGGAAACUGUUGUAUCCAAAUGCGUUCAUCGUCUUUACGAUACGCUAGAUGCCAAACCUGACUCGGGCCUUCCAGAAAUCACGGAAAUAAUCUGCGACUUCCCCGAGGAGACCAAACCUGAGUCCCAUGGUCCAGAACAGCUCGAGACAAGGAAGCGUUUCGUGGCGAGCAUGCUGCUUAAAAGCUUACAAGCUGGAGACCCCGUGUUCGCCCGUGUGUCUCGGACCGUGUACCUUGCCACGAGAGCUGCCGUUCUGGCCGGCAGCAACUUGAAGAGAAAACAGGCAGUGGAAGGCCCGCUCCGACGCAUCGGAGCGGGUCAUCUCUCGGACAAGGUGAUAGAGGUGGCAGAUGUUCUGGUUCUAUUGGCGACCGUCUCCGGUUCCGUUCAUGGACAGUGGUACGAGGAACUGAUGAAGAAGCCAAAUUGAAAAGCGUGUAAGAGCUGGAGACUCUUUUAUUUGUAUUAGUGUCUGUGGAUAGAGAGAUACGUACUCGACUGACAUAACUACCGGACAUAAUUGUAAGUAUGUAACUCGUGCCGUGUGUAAUAUUAUACGUGAAAAAGCCAUGGUUGUGCGGUUCCGGUCCUAA